CCUCCCCUUCUCUCUUGCGCCGUCGCCCCCGCCCGAUCUGUCUGUGUCUGUGUCUCGGGGAGAGGGGAGGGGGCCUGCUCGGCCCUGCGCACUGAGCGAUGUUUGGCCGCCAUCGCGGCGGAGGAGGAGGAGGCGCAGGAGGCUGAGGGAGUCGCCGCCGCCGCCGCCGCCGCCACUACCGCCGCUGCUACCGCUGCUGCUGAGUGAGAAUAGACGGCCGCCUGGGCCUGCCACGGCUCGGCUUUUUACUGCCUACUGUCGGGAUAAAGGUCGCCGGUGCCUCUGUUGUUGUUGCCGGAGGAGCUUCUCCCCGAUCCCUUUCCCUCUCCACUUCUUCCUGGUCCUCAGGAAGGGGCUCCGCUCUCGCCGAGCCCCAAAAUGUCGAACCUGAGCAAGGGGACGGGCAGCCGGAGGGACACCAAGAUGCGGAUCCGAGCAUUCCCGAUGACCAUGGAUGAAAAAUAUGUUAACAGCAUUUGGGAUCUACUGAAAAAUGCAAUCCAAGAAAUUCAGCGUAAGAACAACAGUGGUCUCAGCUUUGAGGAACUGUAUAGGAAUGCAUAUACUAUGGUAUUACAUAAACAUGGAGAGAAAUUAUACACUGGAUUACGAGAAGUGGUUACUGAGCAUCUUAUAAAUAAGGUGCGAGAAGAUGUGUUAAACUCAUUAAAUAACAAUUUUCUUCAAACAUUAAACCAAGCAUGGAAUGAUCACCAGACAGCAAUGGUGAUGAUUAGAGAUAUUCUGAUGUAUAUGGACCGCGUGUAUGUACAACAAAACAAUGUGGAAAAUGUCUACAAUUUGGGAUUAAUAAUCUUUCGAGAUCAAGUUGUACGGUACGGGUGCAUUAGAGAUCAUCUCCGACAGACCUUGUUGGACAUGAUUGCAAGGGAACGGAAAGGAGAAGUGGUAGAUAGAGGAGCAAUAAGAAAUGCUUGCCAGAUGUUAAUGAUUUUAGGCCUUGAAGGAAGAUCAGUCUAUGAAGAAGACUUCGAAGCUCCAUUUCUAGAGAUGUCAGCAGAAUUCUUUCAGAUGGAAAGUCAGAAAUUUUUAGCAGAAAAUAGUGCUUCGGUUUACAUAAAGAAAGUAGAAGCUAGAAUUAAUGAAGAAAUAGAACGUGUGAUGCACUGCCUUGAUAAAUCAACUGAAGAGCCAAUUGUCAAAGUUGUUGAGAGGGAGCUUAUUUCUAAGCAUAUGAAGACCAUAGUGGAAAUGGAAAAUUCUGGUCUAGUUCAUAUGUUGAAAAAUGGAAAAACAGAAGAUCUUGCUUGUAUGUACAAAUUAUUUAGCCGUGUCCCAAAUGGUCUAAAGACAAUGUGUGAAUGUAUGAGUACCUAUUUGAGGGAGCAAGGUAAAGCCCUUGUAUCUGAAGAAGGUGAAGGAAAGAACCCAGUGGACUAUAUUCAGGGCUUACUGGAUUUGAAGAGUAGGUUUGACCGCUUCCUUCAAGAAUCUUUUAAUAAUGACAGGCUCUUCAAACAAACUAUUGCGGGUGAUUUUGAGUAUUUCCUUAACCUCAACUCUAGAUCUCCAGAGUAUCUCUCGUUAUUUAUUGAUGACAAGCUAAAAAAAGGAGUCAAGGGACUAACUGAGCAAGAAGUAGAGACUAUAUUGGACAAGGCAAUGGUUUUGUUUAGAUUUAUGCAAGAAAAAGAUGUAUUUGAACGAUACUAUAAGCAGCACUUAGCAAGGAGGCUUCUGACAAACAAAAGCGUUUCAGAUGACUCAGAGAAAAAUAUGAUAUCUAAGCUAAAGACUGAAUGUGGAUGUCAGUUCACAUCAAAAUUGGAAGGAAUGUUCAGGGACAUGAGCAUCUCAAACACAACAAUGGAUGAAUUUAGGCAACAUCUACAGGCAACAGGGGUCUCAUUAGGUGGUGUUGAUCUGACAGUGCGGGUUCUCACAACGGGUUACUGGCCCACUCAGUCGGCCACACCAAAGUGCAACAUUCCCCCAGCCCCCAGGCAUGCUUUUGAAAUAUUUAGGAGAUUUUAUUUAGCCAAACAUAGUGGACGGCAGCUAACACUCCAACAUCACAUGGGUUCUGCAGAUCUUAAUGCCACCUUCUAUGGUCCUGUAAAGAAAGAAGAUGGUUCAGAAGUUGGUGUAGGAGGUGCCCAAGUAACUGGUUCUAACACACGGAAGCACAUAUUGCAAGUCUCCACUUUCCAGAUGACAAUACUCAUGCUUUUUAACAACAGAGAAAAAUACACUUUCGAGGAGAUACAACAAGAGACAGAUAUUCCUGAAAGAGAGCUUGUACGAGCACUGCAGUCCCUUGCAUGUGGAAAACCAACACAACGGGUUCUCACAAAGGAGCCAAAAUCAAAAGAAAUAGAAAAUGGACAUAUAUUUACAGUGAAUGAUCAAUUCACAUCCAAACUGCACAGAGUCAAGAUUCAAACAGUUGCUGCCAAACAAGGAGAAUCGGACCCAGAAAGAAAAGAAACAAGACAGAAAGUAGAUGAUGACAGAAAGCAUGAGAUAGAGGCUGCUAUAGUGCGGAUAAUGAAAUCUAGAAAGAAGAUGCAACAUAAUGUGCUAGUAGCCGAGGUAACUCAACAACUGAAGGCACGAUUCCUACCCAGUCCGGUUGUUAUUAAAAAGCGUAUUGAAGGACUUAUUGAGCGAGAAUAUUUGGCACGAACACCUGAGGACCGCAAAGUAUACACUUACGUAGCAUAAAAUGUGUUCCACAACUAUGAUUUAUUCUUGGACUAUACUCUUCGCAUGAACUGGGAAGUUCUUUUAAAAAUCAUUAAAUAUUAAGACGACCAUAUCUUCUAUUAAAUUACAAUACAUGUUCUAGACCAGUCAGAUCAAGCCUUUACUCCUUCAGAAAGUUUUUCAACAUCAAAAUGAUUGAGCUUCAAGCUUCUCAGCAUUUAUCCCUGUAGAGAUCAUCCUUACAGUUUCCUCGGGAAAAUGUGAAUGUGCCGCGUUUUUGUUUUCAAUACUGUAUGAAAACAGGAAAAAAAUAAAAACAAAUUUAGAAAAUACAGCUCAUUAAAAAAAUAAAAUUGUUGGAAUUUCAUUUCCCCUAAUCUUCAGUGUUGAUGUAAAUGUGUUUUCUGUAGUGUUGCUUAGCACUUUGUGCAUUGUAUACGUUGGGUUACAAGAAAAACACAGAUGGUAAGAUUGAAUUUCCAGAAAUACUGCUCUGCUUUGGACAUUUCUUUAAAGAACCAUGAUUAAUUUACUAUUUGGUAAAUUUAUAAAAACCUGAUAAUAUAAUUUUAGCAUGGUUUUCCUCUCCACCUGCAUCAUUCAUAUUCCAGUUAAUAUAAACAAGAACCUUGUUUUCGGCACAAUUAUGGGCUGUAAUAUUUGGCCUUCCCUUUUGUCAUUUGAGAUCUUCCAAAUUAAGUUGCAUACUAAUUAGGUUUGUUCUGGUUUCUUUAUAGGAGAAAUGGGAAAACAUUAGUGUGUAUAAAUUGUAUGAUACUUUUUGCUGUUGUAUUCACUGCUCAUAGUGGAUUGUACAGAGCGAUGUUUUUAUUUCACUCAAUGUAGACAAAACAAAUUUAAAAUAAAUGGAUUUAGUGUACACAGAGCACUAAUUCAAAUGUAUUAGAGCACAGGGAUGGCAAUUUAUUAAACUAAAUACUGCCCCUUGGAGAAGCACAUUAACCUAUGCUCUGUUCAUGAGGUAGAAGGGGAUUUUAUGGCUUUUUGAUUUCUCACUUUUCAGAAGGUUCAAGUGAAGCCAUUGUGCACUAUUAAUUUACUGUUUUAAAAUGCAAUCUUAAAAUGCAAUAAAUAUUGUUACUUUGAUCUUAUUAAA